AUGUAUUCUAGGUGUUGCUUGUUACCACUUUUUGAUAGAUUCUCUAUAAAGAAACUUUGUUGUUCAAUUUUUCUGUUUUGUUGUUCUUGUUUUCGCAUUCUUCUUGUUAUUUCCAUGGAAAAAUUCAAGCUUAAAUUCAAAGGAAUUUUCUCUAGCAUAGGUUGUCUUCGAAGCCGCGAAAAACCUUCUGUUGGCAUUACAAUGGAUGAGGGAAUUCAAGGACAAACUGUGAUCAAGAAUGAUGGAUCAUCAGAUUUUUGGAGUAGUAGUGCUUACGAAAAGGAUAAUAGCGCGGCUCCAUCGAUGAGGAGCGUUUCGUCGAGUGGAAUAACAAUGAAUUCUUCUUCUGAUCUUCAAAGUAAUUCAAGCAGUCAAAUUAAUCCUCAUGAGUUUGUCAAUCAAGGGCUUAUUGUAUGGAACCAGAUAAGGCAACAAUGGGGUCGAAACAAAAGGCCUGAAAGUAAGACAGAAGAUAGAGAACCAAAAAUAAGUUCAAAUGCUGCCUAUGAAGAUCUACUUGGAAACAAUAAGCCUUUUCCCAAACCUAUUCCUCUAAGAGAAAUGAUUAACUUUCUUAUUGAUAUUUGGGAGCAAGAUGGUCUAUAUGAUUGA